CGCGGGAACAGCUAGAGGGCGGACGUCCUCACUGCCGCCGCUGCUACCGAGUCGGAGCCGGAACCGGAGCCCGCGCCGAAGCCCGGGGAUCACGCGGGUCACGUCGGCGGACGGGGUUCCCGCGGGCGGGGGACACACGGUUGGCCGGGGAGAAGCGUUCGGGAGAGGCGCCGCGCCGCGCCCCAUCCCACUCCGCUCUCCACCGGGGCCUGACGCGCCCUCCCACUGGUCCCUCCUCCCGCCCCAUGCCCGCUUCGGGCGCCUCCCCCUGUUGAAAAGAGCCCGGGAAAUUCUCACGUCGUCGGCGCCGGACGCGGGUGUCUGCGGCUGCGGGGCCGGCGCGUGUGCUGAAGAGCGGCCAGGUGGGGGGGCCGCUUGGUUUGACCUCCCCCCACCCCUCGGAGAUCAGGACGCGGGAACGCGGCUUGAGGGCGGUGUAGCCAUCAUGACCGCCGCCCGGGACUGUAGCCCUCUGACCCCACUGCUGGAAACCCUGGAGGAUGCCACCGCCUCUGUGGGCGAGCAGGUGGAUGCCUACCUGACCCUGGCCAGUCGACUGACUGGAGAAGAAGGAAAAGAAUUCAUUGUAGAAAUCAAGAAACAGCUUCCUCGCCUUUAUAAAGCAUUUAAGACUCACAUUUCUAGUCAAAACUCAGAGCUGAAUAGUGCUACUCUACAAGCUAUGGGGUUUUGUUUAUAUAACCCCCAAAUUACUUCGGGAUUAACAGAAAAAGAAAUGCAAGAGCUGCUUUCACAGUUGACUGAUAUUGCUACAAAGAGUACAGACAAAAACACACGUACUCGCGCACUUUGGGUAAUGUCUAAACAGACAUUUCCCAGUGAAAUUGUUGGCAAAGCGGUAUCCAGUAUAAUUACCAUGUUAGAAGUAGUAUUUAAUAAGGUGGAUGUGCAUUCUAUGGUGGUCGAUUACGAAGCACUAAAUGUUAUCAUACGACUAAUAGAGCAAGCCCCUAUUCAGAUGGAAGAAGAAGCGGUGAGGUGGGCAAAGUUGAUAAUACCUUUAGUGGUGCAUUCAGCACAAAAGGUACAUUUGCGGGGAGCAACUGCACUAGAGAUGGGAAUGCCAUUGUUGCUCAAGAAGCAGCAAGAAGUAGCAGCUGUUACUGAGCAGCUUAUGACAAGUAAACUGAUUCCAGAACUACAAAAACUAUUCCUAAGUAAAAAUGAGACAUAUGUGUUGAAAUUAUGGCCUUUAUUUGUUAAACUUCUUGGAAAGACUCUUCAUCGAAGUGGGAGUUUUAUCAAUUCAUUGUUGCAGCUAGAAGAACUUGGAUUUCGCAGUGGAGCACCUGUGAUAAAGAAAAUUGCUUUUAUUGCUUGGAAAAGUUUGAUAGAUAAUUUUGCAUUAAAUCCAGAUAUACUGUGCAGCACAAAGCGACUCAAGUUGCUAAUGCAGCCUUUGAGCUCUAUCCAUGUGAGAACAGAAGCUCUGGCACUGACAAAACUGGAAGUUUGGUGGUAUCUACUAAUGAGGCUUGGACCUCAUCUUCCUACAAAUUUUGAACAGGUUUGUGUACCCUUGAUUCAAAGCACAAUAAGCAUAGACUGCCAUACUGUAUCCCAAGGAACUCCAUCCCGUGGAGCAGCUAAUACAGGCUUAAACUCUGUUACUCCUAACCAGAAAUCAGGAUCUUUCCCAUUUGGAACUCCUGUUACACCCAGAAUGAACUUGUCUCUUAAUACCAGUGGAAUGGUAGCCAUCCCAUCCAUUCAGCUUCUGGGAAUUGAAAUGUUACUUCACUUUUUGCUGGGUCCAGAUGUUUUGGAAUUUGCUAAGAAAAACAAACUUGUGCUGAGUUUAGAGCCUCUUCAGCACCCUUUAAUCAGUAGCCCUUCGUUCUUUUGUAAACAUGCGAAUAUACUCAUAGCUGCAGUUCAGGACAGCUUCGUUGCUGUUGGAAAAGAUGCUUCUGAUGCUAUGAUAUAUGCCAUAUGGAAAGAUAUUAUUUGCUUUGUGAAGUCAGUUAUUGAAUCAGGUAACAAAAAAGAAAGACAGGGAUCAGAAGUAUUGACCCUUUUGCUACAGUCUUUGAAAAGCAUAGUUACAGCUGAUGCAUUUCCUGUAUCAAAAGCAUUGGUCCUCAUGGAAAUUACAAUUAAAGGACUACCUCAGAAAGUAUUAGGUUCUCCAGCAUAUCAAGUUGCUAACAUGGAUCUUCUUAAUGGAACUCCAGCUUUGUUCUUAAUUCAGUUAAUUUUUAGUAAUAACCUCUUGGAAUGUUGUGUGGCUGAUGAAAGGUUCUUUCAAAACCUGGAAACACUUGUAGGUUGUGUUCUUACUGGCCCAACUUCUCCAUUAGCUUUCAGUGAUUCUGUUUUAAAUGUUAUUAAUCAAAAUGCAAAGCACCUCAAUAACAAGGAGCAUCUGUGGCGAAUGUGGAGUAUUCUAGUCAACCCCUUAACUGAACUGAUUAACCAGACCAAUGAAGUCAAUCAGGGGGAUGCAUUGGAGCACAAUUUCAGUGCUGUCUAUAGCGCAUUGAUGCUACCAAUAAUGCAUAUUUUUCCAGCACAAGAGUUUCCAUUGCCCACUAUGAAGUCAUUACUUCGAACUUGGUCAGAAUUAUAUAGAACAUUUGCUCGUUGUGCAGCUCUGGUACCAACUGCUGAAGAAAAUUUAUGCUGUGAUGAACUUUGUCUCAAGAUGAUGUCUGGCUUAGAUGACAACACUUUUGCAAACUUGUCCUUUUUGGAUAGGAUUGCCCAGGUUUCUGUAGUAAUAGUUGAAUGCAUCAAUUUUUCACCAUACUCUACUAAACAUCAACCCCAAAUUAAAUUGCCACAGACACCUACAGAUUGGUCCAAGAAAAAAAAAGAACCUUUAGGGAAGUUGACUUCUUUAUUUAAAGUUAUCCUGAAGAUGAUGGAUGCUUUCCAUAAUGUCAGCUUCAAGGACCUUCAUUCAGAAACACUCCUCUCUGUUGGUAGUUCAAUUAUCAGCAUUAUUUCUAAUAUUCUUGGACAUGUGUCUUUACCUUCAGUAUUACAAACAAUCUUUGCAACUUUAACAAAGCCUCUGGCAUUGUUAUAUGAAAACUCAAAGCUUAGUGAUGUGCCUAAAGUGUAUAAUUGCCUCAACAGCAAGUUAGAAAAGCUUUUGGGAGAGAUUUUCAAAUGUCUUCAGUUUCGCUACAAUGGUACUUUUAACAGUGAGCUUUUAGAACAGCUCUCCCCAUUAUUGUGCAUAAUAUUUCUGCACAAAAAUAAACAGAUCCGCAAACAGAGUGUUCAGUUCUGGAAUGACACAUUUGCUAAAGAAACACCGCUGGAGUAUCCUGAAGAACUAAAGACUGUAUUGAAACAAGCCAAACAAAACUGUUUGCUUUUGUUACCUGGUUUUGAGGUUGAACCAAUGGAAGAAUCUAGUGGCCUCUAUUCAGAGGGAACAGAAAAUUCACAAUUAGGUGCAAAGAUAAGUGGUAUAGAAAUACAGUCUCGUGGAAAACAAGAUUUUUCAUCAUUACAUGCAAAGAAUCUGAAAGAAAAAGAUUUAAAAUCACCAUCUAAGAUGAAACUAGAAUUUUUGUCUCCCAAAUUAAAAAAAGAUGUCAUUUUGGAAGAAUGUUCAUCUAUUGAUUUUGUGUUUAUACCUCCCAAUGAGAAAGAAACAAAGGAAAGAAUUCUAACAGAACAUCAGAAAGAAGUACUUAGAACAAAGAGAAGUGAUAUUCCUACUCUGUAUAAUAAUCUUGAUGUAUCACAAGAUAGUUUUUCUUACCAUUCUCAAGAAGAAACUAUGGAAAAUCCAAGUUUAACUGAAGAACCAAAGGAAGAAUCAGACCUUAAUACAAAGGAAGGAGAAGCAAAAACUGAUUCAAAGAAGAACACUGAAGAUAUCACAGUAGAUAGUGGUAUUGAGAAGCAUCCUGAAAAACCAUCUAUCCCGAAACAUAAGGUGCAAAGUUCCCGUGAAAAGAACAAUUUAUUAUUGAAUAUUAAAAAGCACAUUGAAAGAAAUGCUUCUAAAAUUGUUUCAAAGGAGCCUCCAGGAGAAAACACAUGCAUCAGUGAACAGACCUCGAAUACCAGUAGUAGCCCAGUUUCUAGUGGACCCAUAAGCCGAAGACAGUCCUUUAUUACUUUGGAAAAAUUUGAUACAUCAGAAAAUAGACCCUUUAGUCCUUCUAUCUUGAAUACUGUAUCAGGUGCUGUUUCAGUGUCAGAGAAUCAAGAGAAUAUGGAUGUAGCAAGUACCUCAAUGAAAACAAAUACCAAAGAAAUAAAUAUUUCCAAACCUGAUAGAGAAAAAAUCACGAGUGGGACCAAAAAAAUAGUUCGAAAGCCAAAUAAAACAGAACACAUAGGAAGUAAAAGACCUAAGCUGUUAAGAUCAGAACAAGAAAAAAAUUCUCAAGAAUCUGGUGUUUCUAUAAUGCCUGUAGAAAAUAAGUUGGCUGAUUCACUGGAUCAUACAGAGGAUACCCAGGACACUCUUCCUCAGGCUAAAGUAUUGGAAUGUGAUGAAGUAAAGUUUAAACAUCCAGUAGAAAGUCUUGAAAUGGUAGAAAACAUUACAGAAGGAAAUGAUUUAGGAAAUAAUUUGGAAUCCAAAGAAAAUACACCUCCGGAAGUAAUACCAACCACAGACCAAAUAUCUAAUGAUGAUGGUCAUAUACAGGUAUCAUCUAAUCAGAAAACACUUAGAAGAUCUUCAAGACGUCGCUCAGAUGUGGAAUGUACUCCAGAAAGACAAGAUAAAGAAAACAAUCAACUAAAAAAGGAAAGGCGAAAGGAAGAGGAGAGGUCUGUCCAGAAGAAGCUAUCACAAAUGAAAGAUGAUGGAUCACAAAAGCAGAAGCCAAUUUCUGAGAAAAAUACAAGUGAACAAGAACUUUUAAAUAAAAAAGCAAGUAAUUUGCUUGAGAAGACUUCAGAACAAUCUAACGUUGAAAUCAACAAAUUAAAAUCAGAAUUUGAGAGUAUUAAGUCAAAUGAUGAUUUUCAGGACAGUGGUUCAGAUAAGUCCUCACAAAAACCAUUAAGAGGACGAACAAGGUAUCAGACAAGGAGAGCAUCCCAAGGUUUACUUUCUAGUAUUGAAAACUCUGAAUCUGAUAGUUCAGAGACCAAGGAAGAAAUUUCUAACAAAAAAAGAUCUGGAAAAUGGAAAAAUAAGAGUAGUAGUCUUGAAAAUGAAAACACUAAGGGAAAAAUAGGAAGUAAGGACAGUGUUGGCUCUGAAACUAAAACUGAAGGAAAAACUGAAGGUGAAGCAAGUUCUGAAUUGGAUAUGGAGAUAAGAUUGUCAUCUCAAACUUUUGAUAUGGACAAUGAGCAGGACUCUUCGAUUAUUAAUGAUUCUGUAGUAUCUACAGAUGCAUCAGAAGUUUUUAGUGAUAUAGAGAACACAAAUGAAAAGAGUAAAAUGAGCACAUUUGCAGAAGAUUCUGUUACAAACUCUUGUGGGGCAGAGUUAAUUUUAAGGACUAGAAAUGUCAAUAAAAAGUUAUAUAAACAAGAUUCCAUAGACAAUAGUGCUAUUUCUCCAGGAGAAGAUGUGUCAGAUAUAUCAGAUACCUCUUUGCUUUCUGAAAAAUCCCUACAGGCAAUUGAAUGUCUUCACAAAAGAAGCAGGAGAGUAAGAAGAUCAAAGAGCUGUGAUUGUUGUGGAGAAAAGUCAAAACUUGAGGAAAAAUUCCUUACUUCAUUAAAAAACACAGAUAAUUGUGAUGUAGAAAUUAAUGAACCACAAAAGCUAGGUUUGCAGGCCACUGAGUUUCCUUUGGAAACUUGUGUAGACACAAACUUAGAAGUAAAACCUUUAGAGGAAUCUUGUACUGCUGUUGUACCAUUACUUCACAGUAAUGAGACUGAGGUUUUGAAUGAUUCAAUGACUGUUCCAGAAAAUGAAUUGAAGGAAAAUUCUAAUUUUGAGGAUCAUCCUCCUCUAGAAAGGGUAGUAAACUUCGAAAACAAAACUUGUGUCAUUAAUAAUGAAACAAAUUUUGGAGUGCAAGAACAUUCUGAUGAGGUUAAUAAAAAUAUUGAUUCUAGUCCACCAAUUGAUAGUUCUCAAGAUUCUUUUGAACAGAAACCUGUUGUAGAGAUAACCAGAGAACAACUGGUCACUCCAUUAAAAGAGGAAAUAAAUCAGCACAUAGAAACAAAGAAUGUUGAUGAUGAAAACAAUACACUUGAAGUAAAGGCAAUAUAUGAUCCUGAAGCAGACAUUUCAGAAGCAGAAGUAAAGCAUGAAACUGAUAAUGUGACUGAGAUAGGCAAGUUUGAGUCAAGUGCUGAUAUGGAUGUCCCUGAGGUGAGGAUGGAGGUUGACAUAUCUGAGAAAAGUGCCACGGUAGAUGGAGAAACACCUGAGCCUAAGGCUGGAGUAGAUAAUACCCAGGCCAAAACAUUUACUGAUACCAAGGCUGGGAUGGGUAAUUCUCAGGCCAAGGCACUUAAGGCAAGUGCUGAAGCCGAUGUGUUAGAGUCACUUGAGGAAAUGAAUUCUGUAGAAGUAAAAGCAGAAUCUGGCACACCAGAAAAGGUAAAAGAAGACAUUGUUGACACUGAAGAAACAAAGUUAGAUCGAGAUCAGGUUGAAGCAGAAAAAAUCAAUGAGAAAAUUUUAGAGAAAACUCAGGAUACAUCAGAGAACGUGGAGGAACCAUCAAAAAUACUUGUAAAUGUUUCUGAGCUGAUAACAGAAGAAAGUCAUGUUUCUCCUCAGAAGUUAAGGGGAAUAGACACUCAAUCCGAAAAUGAUAGCCCAAGUGGAAUGCAGACACGCUGCAUAUGGUCUCCAUUGGCUUCUCCCUCUACCAGCAUUUUGAAGAGAGGAGUAAAAAGACAACAAGAAGAUGAGGCCCCAUCACCUCUUAAUAAGGUUCGACGAGUUUCAUUUGCAGAUCCAAUUUACCAGGAAGGACUGGCAGAUGAUAUUGAUAGGAGAAGCCCAGUUGUUAGAUCACAUUCUUCUCAUUCUUCAAAUAAUACUUCAACAGCUAAAAGUAUUAGAAGUUCCCCUGCUGCACAGUCCAAGCGUAAUACCACUUCAACCAAAGGAUUUCUGUUCCCAGGAUCGCGUAGCCCUAAAUUUAAGAGCUCAAAGAAGUGUUUAAUUGCUCAAAUGACCAAAGAAUCCCUUCAAUGUUCUAAUGAGAGUAUUUACCCAGCCUUGCUGAACUGUGGAGCACCAGUUGACAUUAUUUUACCUCAGAUUACUACAAACAUAUGGGCAAGAGGCCUGGGACAGCUCAUUAGAGCAAAAAAUAUUAAGACAAUUGGUGAUCUGUGCACUCUUACAGCAGCUGAAAUAAAAACUCUCCCUGUCCGUUCUCCAAAAGUUUCCAAUGUUAAGAAGGUUCUCAGAAUAUAUCAUGAGCAGCAGAUGAAGUCUCGAGGACUAGAAGAAAUUACCCUCAUUGAAGUUUCAGAGAAACCACUAAAUGGAAUGGAAAAUAAACCUAUUUCUCCUGAUGAAGAAACAUUUGCUUCAGAUUUAAUUGAGCCAGUUGCUUCAGAUGGUCAGCAGACCAAAAAUCUUGUGGACCAGAUCAGUGCUCUUGCUCUUCAACUAAAUUCAGAAGAUCUGCAUAAUUAUUCAGGAAGCCAACUUUUUGAAAUGCAAGAGAAACUGGGUAGCAUGACUGACUGCAUAAUGAAAAAUCUCCAGUCUCGAUGGAGGUCACCACCCCAUGAAAGCUCUACUUAGAAUUUCUUUAGAAUUUCUAUUUACAUAGAAGUUCUUUAACAUCACAGAUUUUGCUAACUGAGGAUGGCCGCUCUGUAACAUUCCAUUAACAAAAUUUUAGAAUUUAGAGACUGAAUAUUUGCAAAGUAGGCCUUUUUUAACCAUGAGAAAUUAAUAUCAUGAUGUACAUUCAGUUUUUUUAGAUUGGGGGGAAUCGCUUUUUUCCAUGCCAAGUAUUUUUUCAUUUGCUGCUAUGCAUCAUCUUUCAAGUAUUUCAAGUGAGAAUUUUACUAAAACAUGAGGAAAGACUGAAAUCAAAUGUUCCUAAACUGAAACAUUUUUAUUCCUUCAAAACUUUAUGUAAAAUGACAUUUUAAGUGAAAUUGAAAAUGUUUUAUUUGAAAGCCAGAUUAUUUGCAGAGCUAUUACUGGUGUUUGAUAGUCCGUUUCCUCCUUGGAUUUGUUUUGCCUGAGACCUAAGGAAGUCAUUUUUGGUGAGGCAUCUCAAAUGAGAUGCAGCAGAAUCAAGGGUUUUUUUGUUUUCUUUACAGUGAAGUUAACAUGCUUUUGCAUGAUUUUAUGGACAAGUCCCAUGAAAGGUGAAAUGCUAAAAAUAAUAAUAGCUGUCAUUUUGGCAUCGUCAUGUUAAACAUUUCCUGGGGUCUUUUCAUUUGCUUGGUAAAUGAAAGUGAAGCAGUAGUUUGCCAUUGAAAUUUGUUUCUGUGGGACAUAUACAAUACAGUUAAGUGCAUAACCGUUUGUAUAUUAUGUAUAGAUUAUAGAUGUUGGUGUUUAAUUUAUAAAUUUCAGUUAAUUGCAUGGAUUGCCCUUCUCAUAAAGACCUUUUGGGUAAGAGUCCUUGGUUUUACAUUAUAGAAAUCCACUUUGUAUAUAUUAUGUACUGUAUUACCAGUAUGCACGGUCUUCAUGAGACCACUUUAUUUGUACAUUAAAGAACCCUACAAGGUCCUACAACAGUGAACUCUGUAAUUGGUUAAUGAAAUCUUAGUUGAAAAGAUGAGUACAUUAUCCAAAAGAUACCAGAUCGUAAAAUUACUGAAAUGCUAAAUGAUUUUGGUUUUCAGUUCCCUUUGUUUUAUUUUUAUAUAUAUAUAUAUAUAUAUAUAUAUA